AUCACUUUCAAUUGUUAUGGCUUUGAGUGUCGGUUAUUCCUCGAUCGUGACGAAUAGGUUUUUUAGUCUUUCGAUCGAAAUUAAAAAAUCCCGUUUAAUUUUAGCAUAUUUCUACAAAUUAAUGUCAUUUCAAGCAUCUAAAUGUUUUCGUUGAAGUUUUUCUGUUCUGAUUCAUUGAUUUAGUUAAUUUUAAUUAUUAGUUAUUUUACUUAGUGCCAGAUCUUUGACGUGUCUGUCAAGAAGAAAUUUUUCAUUUCCGAUUUAUUUAGACUAUUGAAAAUGUCAGGAAUAUUCAACAUAUUCAGUGAGUCAGAAAAUAGAUCAUCGGUGUCCAUUCAUAAAGGAAAAGAAACAUCACUUCCGCUUGGUUCAUUAAAAUUAAAGACAAACGAAAACACAGGCCUUUUGCCAACUAAAAAUGCUUUGUACAUUCAGUUGAAACCGAAAGGAUUGUCGGUACGCUCCAAAUCAGAUCUAAAUGUUGCUGCUGUUUCAAAUAACUCUAACAGCAAAAAAUUGCAUCCUAAAGAUUGUAUAGCCUUCAAAUCAUGUAUUCCUGAAAAAAAAACUAUUUCACCCUUGAAGGUGAAAACUCCAAAGAGUAAAUCACUUACAAAUAUUACUCCAAAAAAAUUAUCACCAAAAAUGUUCACUUCAAAAAUACUAUCACCAAAAAUAUCGUCUUCAAUUCAACAGACUGUUGUAGGUGAGUUAACUGUUUUCAAGAAACCAGCAACACCAAAGCAAAACUUAAGUAAAUAUCCUGAACCUGAAUAUUUGGCUUGUCACAUUGAUGAAUAUCAAUUCAUGAAUGAAGAAGUAGAGCAAAUUUUCAAUGAUGAUCGCAAAUUUCUCAAGUCUGUAUUGAAGCACAAUAAUACAACAGUGUCUCUGGAAGAUGAAGGAUUUAUCUCAGAUUCUUCUCAUGACUCAUUUGAUGUUUCAAUUGGCUUAUCUUCUCCAGAGAUAUCUUGUAAUAAUGUUGAACUUCCAGAGAUUUCAGAUUGUGAAGAUUAAAUUUAAAAAUUUAACUUUAUUGUUAAUAUUUUGAAAUAAGCAAGUGAUUGUAAAUUACUCUUUAGACCAUCUGUUAAUUUAAAUAGAUACUGUUUAAUUUAAAGGUGAUUGGUAUUGGUUUUGGAUUCACCAUCACGUACAUGACAUGUUUGUAAUAAUUUUAUUUAAUAAUUGAAUUUGGAUCGAAAAUAAUUUAACAUUAUAUAUGAAUCUUUCAUAAUUAUAUCUUUAUCAUCAUGCAGUUUUAUGUCAAAAAUUGUAAAUUAUUUAAUGAAUAUAACUCAACAGAAAAUAUGUAUUUUUAGUGCUUAAAUCUGUACGUAAGUAAAUAUCACUGUGAUCUAUAGUUAUAUAUAAAAAUAAAAUGUGUAAUAACUUUGUAAACAAAGCUGAAAAAUAA